AUGAAGUACCUUAUUGUUCUGGCUAUAAUCGCGUUCUCGUACGCAGCUGAGGAAAAAAAUGAUGAACGCCCGAAGACUUUCCGCCGGCUCAUCCCAGCUGAUGUAUUAAGAGAUUUCCCUGGUCUAUGUUUUGCGUCAACAAGAUGUGCCACCGUUGAACCUGGAAAUACCUGGGACCUGGCACCUUUCUGCGGCAGAAGCACUUGCGUCGUGAGUGAAGAUACACCACCACGUCUACUCGAGCUGGUUGAAGACUGUGGACCUCUGCCCAUUGCUAACCCUAAAUGCAAGCUCGAUACUGACAAGACCAACAAGACCGCACCAUUCCCCGACUGCUGUCCAAUCUUCACGUGCGAGGAUGGAGUCAAAUUAGAAUACCCAGAACUUCCAACACCACCUGAAGAAGAAAAGAAAGAAGAAGAGAAGAAAUCCUAA